AUGGAUUCUCCCGAAUCUGUAACUUUACCAACUAUCAAAACGCGAUUUCUGAUUCUCUCUGAUACUCACAGCCGAGAAUUUACUACAGACACAGAGGCAGAUGUUGCAAUCCACUGUGGUGAUCUCACGGAAGGGUCUACAUUGGAGGAAUUCCAUUCCGCUAUCAAACUCCUAACAGAGCUCAAAGCACCCCUCAAGCUUGUCAUUCCAGGAAACCAUGAUUUCACUCUGGAUAUCCCUUUCUUCAAGAAGAGAGUGGAGCUCCAGCUCAAAUAUCUUGAUGCAGCACUAAUCAAGCGAGCAUACGGUGACUUCGGAGAAGCAAGACAGCUUUUUAACAGCGACGCCGCCACAUCAGCAGGCAUCGUAUUCCUUGAGGAAGGAACACAUAGCUUUGACCUCAGAAACGGCGCAUCGCUGACUGUCUUCGCCAGCCCCUUGACACCGUCACAAGGAGGAGGCUGGGCUUUUCAAUAUCCUCUCCGGUCGGGACAUACAUUUGAAAUCAGCAAUACCGUCGACUUGGUCAUGACGCAUGGGCCGCCAAAGGGCAUCCUGGAUCACACGUUAUCAGGUGAUAGUGCGGGCAGCACACUCGUCUUUGAAGCCCUUGCCCGCGCCCGACCACGGCUACACUGUUUCGGGCACAUCCAUGAAGGCUGGGGUGCGAAGCUGGUUACAUGGGCGCCGGCAGAUCAGAUGAGCGCGACCCCAUCAUAUUCCGCUGAUAUCGAUGAAGCGCGGUCUGUUUUGGUGGCAGAUUUGUCGACGCUACGAGGGGGAUCGGGAUUAGAGCAUGAUGGACAACAUAGUCAAGCGGGAAAGGGGGAUAAUGAUUCGGGGAAGCGCUCCGAAACGUAUUAUGCAACCAGUCAUUGUUCUGGAGAUACCCAUUCUGUCGAAGCUGGCUCGCGAACACUCUUUGUAAAUGCAUCCAUCAAGGGUGUGGAUGAGGAUUAUCCAUUACACUUGCCAUGGCUAGUCGAUAUUGAGCUUCCAAAGGCAAGCUUAGGUGGUUCUAGCGAGCUCUCCUGA